AUGGAUGGAUUAUAAUCAAAAUCAAGUCUCUUAUUGGAAAGGUAAUUGAAUUUUUUUUCAAUUUAAAAGCCAUUUCUUCACAUAAUUUUAUCAAUAAAUAAGAUUAGGCUAUUACUCAGCCUUAUAUAUCUAUCAAUUCAAUGAUAAUGCAUAAAAUUAUCAAGGUAUUUAAUUAUCAUUUUGCAGGAGCAACAUUGUAAAUAUCUAAGGAAAAUUUACUGAUGCCUUUACUUUUAUAGAUAUCACAUUAAGAAUUAUUCCAAAUAAUGAAUAAGCAUAUUCUCUUUAUGUAGUUCGCAAAAGAACUAAGAAGUUUUUGUUGCUUAUGACUAAGCGAUAGAGUGCAUAACAAUAAAGGUGUUUGUAUAAUACACACUAUUAAUUAGGUGCCAUAUUAUAGAUUAAUAGUGUUCCAUUUCUCAUACUAAAAUACAGAAAUAUGACAAUCAAUUUGCUGUUUUAACAAUGCAAUUAUUCUUAACAAUAGGAACGAAGAAGCUUAUCAAAAAAAUAUAAAAGAUUGUUAGCUUUUUUCCUCAUUAUUUUCAACAAAAAUUUACAAAAUAAUUUAUUUAUGAAAAUAUAAGGAAGUAUUGGAACUUGUUGAUUAAAGCAAUCUUUCUUAAAUAAGAUGCUAUUAAAUUAAAACACAAAGGUAUUUUAUGUUCUGAUCUUAAAGCUGACACAUUAUACACAAUUUUUUUAAGUGUUUUUCAUGCAGGAAUUAGAAAGAAAAAAGAAGCAAAAUAAGAUUUUUAUGAAGCAUUCAGAGUAGAUAGGAAAUAUAGCUUCAGAGUAGAUAUAUAUUCUAUUAUAAAUAUUUUUGUUAAAUGUUUAUAAAUAGUAUUCGAAUACCUUACGAGUUCUUUCAUUAAUUUGUCAAGUAAAAUUUUGAUAAUUAAUAGGCAUUCUCCUAGAUUAAUUAAAUUUAAUUAUCUCACAUAAAGAAUAAAAUAAUACAUUUUUAAUAGCAUUUACAAUUCAAAUAAUUUUAAUUAAAAAUAUGUGA